AUGGCGAUACCUCCGGACGCCGGUUUCUGGCUGCGGUUCCAGGUCCACAGCGAUGGCCUCGCCCCGUCGGGCGCGCCCUUCCACACGGCGUUCCCUCAGUUCUCCCAGCUCCCCACCGAGCUCCGCCUCCAGAUCUGGGCGCUCCUCCUCCAGCCCCGGAUCCUCCUGAUCUCGUGCCAGGACCCGGAGAACGCCGCGGAGCAGGAGUCGGAGCUGGCACUGCGGCCCGCGUGCCGUCUGGUCCCCGUGCUGCUGCACGUGAACCGCGAGGCCCGGUCCGUGGGGCUGGCGCACUACGAGCUGGCCUGGAGCUGGAAGGUGCCCGCCAUCCUGGCCGACAUGGAUCUGGUCUCGUCGUCCUGGGACUUGGACGUCGCGCCGGUCCGCGAGACGCCGCGCUGGUCCGAGCCGAGGGUCUACUUCAACUUCCAGCAGGACGCCCUGUUCCUCCUGGGCGAGCUGGAGCCGUGCACGUCGACCGGCUUCAACAGCCCCAUGACGUACUUCCUGGACCGCGAGGACACGAAGCGCGUGCGCACCGUGGCCGUCGCGUUCCGCGCCCUGAGGCACGGCGAGAGCGGGUCGCAGCAGAUCUUCGGCGCCCUGUUCCACAUCGUGGACCGGAUCAAGCCGCCCAGCGGGCGGGUCCUGGUCUGCGUGAACGAAGGGGACGAGUGGACGCAUGGGCUCAUGGGCGGCGAGAGCCCGCUCGUCCCCGGCGAGAGCGUGGCCUACGGCACCAGGCAGAGGGAGAGCCGACUGCGGCAGGGCGAGCCCGAGGUGGUUCACAGCAGCCUGGUCGGGCGGCUGAGCUUGGACGAUGAGGUCGAUCGCCGGGAGCUCUCGGAGCGGUAUCAGAGGCAGGCGCGGGACCCGCCCAAGCAGGAGGACAACGUGAUACAGAAGAUAUGGCGCGAUUGGUAUCGUGGGAGCAUUGUGACAUCGAGCUUAGCGGACAUGCAGUUUUGGCUUGUGAGAGAGAGCGACCUUGGACGACACGUUUGUGAUGAUCAAUAG